AUGAAUUUAUCGAACGUUGCUAAACAUUUCCUAUAUUUGGCUAAAAAUGAAUAUGGAUCUGAAAAUUCUGCAACAGCUACCGAUCAAAUGUUUGCUGCAGAACGAUUAUUCGAAGUUUUGAAGUCAUCUAAAAAUAGCUACUUCAAUGAGCUGUAUACUCAUGAUACUCUCGAAUUUAACGAUGAAUAUGAUGAAAUGACUGAUGAAGGAGAGAGCAAUGAUGAAAUUGAUGAUUACAAUGAGAAUGAACAUUCUGAUAUAAAAAAUCGUUUUACAUUACAAGAAAUGGAAAAUAUAAUCGAAUGGGUUGACCAACAUCCGAAUGCUGGGCUUGCAACUAUUUCACAUCGAUUUAAAAAGGUCAAAUACAUGUAUUAUAUUACAGGGUUUAGACAAUAUAUCGAAAACAACGGUACAAGAUUAGAAAAAUUAAAACAAAUAAAAGAACUUAUGUUCAAUCAAUUUUAUCUGAAAAGAACCAUUGAAAAAGAAGCCGUUCAUGAUGCUGACCUUGAACUUUAUGCAAUUCAAAAACCAAGAGAAUUAAAUUGA